AUGGAGACCACGGAUAUCUAUGAGAGUCGUCAAGGGGAGUAUCGGGCGGGAACCAUCUCCAUGACGGUUCUGGGUGUGUUUUUUGUCAUUCUGCGGUUUUUGGCUCGAUGGAAGAAAGGCCUCCAGAUUGGCCCUGAUGACUAUGUGAUAUUGCUGUCGUUGGUGAGUACUGGAUUUUAUCUUUUGAAGAAGAUUGAUUACCUAGCUGAAGCACCUCCUUUGUUGAUUCUAGGUGUUCCUGUUCGCAACGCCCAGUAUACCAUGAAGACUGACAAUCCAGUGAUUCACUUUGGCAUGGGUCGACAUGCCGACAUAUUACCAGAGGGCAACAUCGUGAUAAUUGCCAAGCUGUUAAUGACCUUUGAAUGCGUAUACUGCACGACAAUAGGAAUCGUCAAGAUUUCCAUCCUUCUCAUGUAUGCGCGCAUAUUUCCCACGAGAAGCUUCCGAAUCGCCGCAAUUAUCCUGGGCAGCAUCGUCAUCGGAUGGGUCAUCGCAAUUAUCUGCGUGAGCGUGUUCCAGUGUAACCCGAUCGCAAGGGCCUGGAAUUUGAGCCUGCCGGGUACUUGCAUCAACCUCAAGGGCUCGUUUAUCGGAAACGCAGUACCGAAUAUUCUGACCGAUAUUGCCAUCUUGGCUCUGCCAGUGCACCUUGUCUGGGGACUGCAUGCAACCGUGACGCAUCGGAUUGUUAUCUUCACCAGCGCCUACCGCUUCUCAACACUCUUCGAAUUCGAACCCGCCGACACCCCAUGGACUCUCGCCAAGGCUUGCACCUGGUGUCUCAUCGAGUGUUCCAGCGGCAUCAUCUCAGCCUGCAUGCCCACCCUGCGCCCCCUAUUCGUUAUGCUCUCCUCCAAAUUCUCCAGCUCGAUCGGUACCCGCUCACGAACGACUGGCGCACAAGGUUCCGGCCUGAAGAGUUAUGAGGUGAAUAGCUCGGAUUUGCGUCCACCGGGUGAGUUCAUGGGCAAACAGAACGUGCAGCUGGAGGUUAGCCAGCCGGAUGAUGCAUCAGGGGCUGAGGUGCCACUGAAUACGAUUCUAGUGCAGCGCGAUGUGACGUGGCAGGAUAGUCAAGCUAUGGUUCUUCGCGACGAUGGAAUU